AUGUCUUCCGUUGCCAAGCUGGACACUGGUGCUGACGUGGUUUCCGACGCUGCAGACGCACAGCCUGCUGCUCCCGCCUCGCACAACAGUUCCACUAAGCCCCGCACGGCCUCGACUUCGGGCGGUGGCCCGAGCAGGGUGCGCGCCGCCGCCUCCCUGUGGGAGAACAAGAGCUCGAGCUCGCCGGGGACCAAACCACCUGGACGGCCUGCAUCUCCAGGAAGGCUGAAAGGGUCAGGCCGCGUGACGCCGAGCUCGGGCAGAGUAACACCUUCCUCGCGCCCCAUCACCACGCGCUCGAACUCGAGCGGAGGCCGUAUCCCUUCCACGACGUCGCCCAUCUCGACCACUAAACGCACCCCGCUCUCACCCAAGCUCAAUACUAACAACGGGCAGGCUGACGGGUUUGCGCCCAGCUCUUUCAAAUCGACAAACAGCGAGCUCGAAGGCAGCUCGCCUCGCUCAUCCACACCGCCGCCCUCCGUGCCAUCCCCCACGCCGCCCGUGCCGCCCCUUUCUGCUGCUCUUUCGCCUGUGGAAACGGAUAAGAUUGAACUGCCCUUGCGUGAGGCUUCCUCGUCGCCAACCCAAUCUCCAGCCAACACGCUUCAGCUUCCGUCCGUCUCCUUGCCCUCUUUGUCACCGUCCUCCUCCCCUCAAUCUCGAGCAGUUGACUCCACGUCGCCUCCAAACGAAGCCUCAGUCUCGCAUCUCGCGCCUGCACCAGCCAUGCCUUCGCCGGGACUGAGCGCGUCGCCUGGAUCUUCUUGGCGCACCACAAUGACGCAUUUUUUGCAACGUGCGCAGCCGACGUCUACCACCCCUCCUCCCAUCCCUGCGACACUCUCCCGCAACGGCUCUGGCACGGCCCAGACUCUGAGCCGCCUCGACUCGUCCGAUCAGCACCACAUUCGAGAGGCGGAGCAGGAGCCGCUAGGGGAGGGCUUUGAGCGUGUGCGCAACGAGAUGGAGGUCGCAGCGCGUGAGAUCCGUCGGGAGCGUGCAGGACGCGGAAUCUCACAGGGCACAGACGAGAAUGUCGAUUGGACCUUUUGGGGAGCCGUGGUGCAGGAUUAUGAUGCUGUCGCCAAUGAGCGACCCAAGGAGCUGUCGCGCGCCAUUCAGCAGGGCAUUCCCUCGGUCAUACGCGGUCCCAUCUGGCAGCUCAUGAGCGCGAGCAAGAACGCCAACCUCGAGGAGACUUACAAGACGCUGCUCAAGCAGUCGAGCCCAUACGAGAAGAGCAUUCAGAAGGAUAUCAACAGGACCUUCCCGUCGCACAAGUUCUUCCAGGGAGCAAUUGGCCAGGAGGGACUAUUCGUCGUCUGCAAGGCCUACUCCCUAUACGACCCAGAUGUUGGCUACACACAGGGCCUGGCCUUCAUUGUUGCCACACUUUUGCUGAACAUGCCAGACGAGGAGGCGUUCUGUGUCCUUGUCCGCCUGAUGUCAUCGUACAACUUGCGGUCCCACUAUCUGGACAACAUGCCCGGGCUUCAGCUGCGCCUCUUCCAGUUCGACCGCCUUGUCGAAGACGUUCUUCCACUCCUGCACGCGCAUCUUGUUCGCAAGGGCAUCAAGAGUUCGAUGUACGCGUCGCAGUGGCUUAUGACAUUGUUUUCGUACCGAUUUCCCCUGUCUCUGGUUUAUCGCGUAACCGAUAUUGUGUUGGCGGAGGGCACUGAGGCCGUAUUCCGCUUCGCGAUCGCUCUUCUGCGCAAGUGCGAGGACCAGCUGCUCAAGCUUGAGUUCGAGGAGCUGCUAGCCUUCCUCACCGGCGACCUAUACGAGUGCUACCGUGUGGAGUCGGAGGAUGGAGAGGAGCAAUGGCGCAGCAACGACUUCGUCCGCGAUGCCUACGAGACCAGGAUCACUCCACUCAUGCUCGACCAGUACGAGUCGGAGUGGAACGAGAAGUGCCGCAUUCAGACCGAGCAUGUCCGCCAGUUGGAGGCGUACGCGCGUGAGACGGAACAGCUGCGUGGUGCCAAUCGCCACCUUAGCAGCCAAGUCAAGAGUCUUGAGGCGUCGAUCGCGACGAUGAAUCAGGAGCAUGUCGAGCUGGUGCGCCAGCUCGUUCUUGCCAAGAUCGCGAAGGAGGACAUGGAAACGGAGCUCGUCAAGUACAAGGCGAUGUGUGCUGCACUUGCCCAGGGUCGCGAAGACGAUGUCGAUCUUCCCAGCAUCGCAAGCCGGGGGUCGCACUCGUCACUGACGCCGCUGCCGCCGAGCCGUCGGGGAAGCGCAGUGUACUCGCCCGGCUCACACACUCCAAACCUGUCGCCGCCGCGGUCGCCGGCGUCGGGGCUCGCAUCGCUGAGCGCUUCGCCGUCGGGACGCGUCUCGCCCGGCCUUACUGGCCGGGCAGACUAG